AAAUUGACACCGUAGGCUGUGGGUUACAUUUGAUAUAAAUCAAACACGACAAGCUGUGUUCACGAUUUCGCUGAGCACUCUGGCGUCCCACUUUCUUUAACGCAACGCGUCUGGAGCCCGCCUCCAGAGCUCAGGCCGGUCGACCGUCUCCCCCCACCCGUCAACCCCAAAGCCAGGCGGGUACCCCUAUGCAGGUGUCCACCUCGCUCUUCGGCGUUUCCCUUGGAAGUUAGCGUGAUCCAUUUCCGAAGGAGUCCACGCCUCGCUUUUCGGUCCGGUCAUGAUGAGAGGAAGGCGGGCGUGUGAGAAGGAAUAUUGUCGUCGUCGUCGUAAUUCACUUUGUGUAACGAGCUAGCUUUAAACCCCCUCGGUGGUUUUGGCUUCUCGUUUUUAUUUAUUUUUUAGUACUCUAAACAUAAACCGUCCCUAAUUAAUUUACUCGGCGGACGAGGAGGAGCAUCCCACUUUUAUUACCCGCGGUGAACGACCCAUACGAGAGAGGGAGCGAAACCCGGGCAGGAGUCAACAUGUUCGAGACAAGAGGAAUCCCCUUCGUGGUUCUCGACGUCGUCUGCCUUGUUUUAGUUGGACUCCCGUUCGCAAUACUCACCGCGCAACGCAAACCGUUCCGCCGAGGCUUUUUCUGUCGCGAUGAGUCAAUCAAGUACCCGCUUAAAGAGGACACCAUUUCCUAUCAGUUGUUAGGAGGUGUCAUGAUUCCCCUCACAGUACUCACUAUGAUCUUCGGCGAGUGUCUGUGCGUGUACCUCAAGCGCCUGCAUUCCAAGUCGUCGUACGGCAGCUACGUGGCGCGCAUCUACAAGGCGGUGGGCACCUUCCUGUUCGGCGCCGCCAUGAGCCAGUCGCUCACCGACAUCGCCAAGUACUCCAUCGGCCGCCUCCGGCCGCACUUCCUCGACGUGUGCAGGCCCGACUUUAAGGGGGGCAACUGCUCGAUGGGCGUCUACAUAGAAGAUUUCGCCUGCACAGGAAACCCCACCAUGGUCAAUGAGGGCAGGUUGUCUUUCUAUUCCGGCCACUCGUCCUUCUCAAUGUACUGCAUGCUGUUCCUAGCGCUGUACCUGCAGGCUCGCAUGCACGCAGAAUGGGCUCGUCUGCUGAGGCCCACCAUCCAGUUUUUCCUGAUCGCCGCCUCCGUGUAUACAGGCCUGUCACGUGUGUCCGACUACAAGCACCAUUGGAGCGACGUGCUCACAGGCCUCCUGCAGGGGGCGCUCAUGGCCAUCCUGGUGGUGUUUUUUGUGUCCGACUUUUUCAAGCAGCCCCUGGAGGCCCGCAAGGAGGCCGACAUCCCCCAUACCGGCCUCCGGGAGACGCCCACUAACGGAAACCACUUUGAGAGUCCAAACUAAAACUUCACACACUUCAGUCGCCUGCAUGUAGAGUCGAUGCGCCUUAGACAUCUUAUUUUAUUAUAUUCAAAUGUCUUUUAAAUGUGGUUCCAGCGAUAGAUGCUGGCUCAAGACUGUCCCAAGGACGCCAUUUUAUCUACUGAGCCGGUGGGAAGAUUGUACUGCAUGCACCCACCGGUGAAAAGGGGUUGGGGAGGUGAAUAGAGUGGAGCGGGGGGUAGAGACCACUACUGUGUAUAACCUGUGAAUGUAAGCCUGCUUUGUGCAUUUCUUUACUGGGAGUCAAUCUGCUUAAAGCUCCCACUGAGGUUCAAUGUCGAGGUUAUAAACAACUACUGCGAAUGCAGCACUUUUUCCUGUGAUGCCUUCAUGUGACUGCCAAACUAACGCCGCUGCUGCAUAUCCCUCCAAAAACUGACAGAAAUCAGGGAAGGCAACUUAAGGCCCAGAAAAGAAAAAAAAAAAAAAAACACACCAAACCCACAAAAGUAUGUUUGUGUAAAUCUGUAUGUCAAACACAGACUUUUAUUGAAAAAAAAUGUAAAAUAUGUACAAGUGUCUAAAACAACAGGAGGACAAAUAAAGCCAUAUGUAUUAACAAAGAAA